CAAAUCCACGAUCGCCGCUCGCUGAUUGGCUCAUAUUUCUGAGGCCGCGCCCACCUCGCCGGUGCGUCAAGCGACGUCACGAAACCGCAAAAACUGACACGUCAUAGUGACGUUUACGCACUACUUAUGCUAAAUUAUGCCGAUCAAAACAGGAAACAUCGCGGAAUCACCGGCGAGUGACCCUUUCCGUUUGGAAUCAAAAAUGGCGGCGUUCUUGCUGGUGCUGGCGGCGGCGGCUCGUCAGCUCGGGCGGAGGCGCGGAAGGAGGGAGGCCGAGGACGCGUUUGACAUGCCAGACGACGUGUUUCGGCAGCACUUUCGUCUGAGGAAGGAAACUGUGCGGUGGCUGUGCGACGAAGUGGCGGAGGAGCUCGGAGGCGUGCGAUCAACAGCGCUGUCGGUGGAGCGACAAGUGUUGUGCGCGUUGCGUUUUUUCGCGACGGGCAGCUUUCAGGGGUCCGUUGGGAGCGAGGAGACGACUGGCGUGACGCAGCCUGCGGUCAGCAAGUGCGUGCGACGCGUGGCGGAGGCAAUCGUCCACGCCGGGACUCGCAACAAGUGGGUCCACUACCCGAGGACGUCGGAGGAAAAGGCGGCCGUGAAAGAAGGGUUCCUUCGACGCGGCGGCAUUCCCGGCGUCAUCGGCUGCGUGGACGGCAGCCUUAUUGACAUCAUCGCACCGAAGGGCAACAACAAGGCGGCAUACAUGUGCCGCAAAGGCUUCUAUGCCCUUAACAGCAUGUUCAUUUGCGACGCAGGCAUGCGGAUUCUGGCCGUCGACGCUCUGCGACCGGGGUCGGAUCACGACGCACACGUCUGGAGAACGACGUGGUUGCGUCGUCGUUUCCAGGAGGGACACAUUGCCAAGGCCGGCGAGCACCUCCUCGGUGACAGCGGCUACUCCCUGGAACCAUGGCUCCUGACUCCGGUCCCAGGCCAUCCUCCCGCUCACACUGCAGAAGGCAGGUACAACACUGCACACGCUUCCAUGCGGUCCGUAGUGGAACGCUGCAUUGGACUUCUGAAGAGCCGCUUCCGCUGCCUUCAGAGGUACCGUGCCCUCCACUAUGAACCAGACCGCGCAGCCAACAUCGUUGCAGCGUGUGCAGUGUUGCACAAUUUGUGUCUUGAUGAAGGUGACAGUGCGUUUGAUGAGGUUGAUGAUGAUGAGAGCAGCAACAGCAGCAGUGACGAUGCAAACGGUGGCCCCCUCCCACUUGUAGUUCCCUGAGCGAGGGCAGCACGCAUAAUGUACCUGAAAGGAUGUGCUGCCCGUGACAAUGUAAUUACAUUAUUCGGAACCACACGACAGCAGCACCAGCACUACCUGCGAAGGGUGCGAAGGCGGCUGCGUCGGCAGCAGCACCGACAGCAGCAGUAAACGUGCCUGCAGUGUCAGGCACAUAUGCCUAAUAAAGAGAAGGAACCAACGUGAAGGCGUAUUGGCAUGAGUUGAUAGCGUGGUGUUUUUUUUAUAGAAUCUGCUAAAUUACCACCAUUGCUUUCACAUAGCGUGUACCAAUGAGCUGUCGCAACUGGAGAUUAUUGCAUCAUUCCACUGUGACACUACUUAGUAGCUGUGGAUAGACAACGUUGUGGUCAUUAGCAGAAUGUCGUAGCCACUUCUCUGGGCAGCAGGAGUUUGCUAGUUGAAUUGCUGCUGUUGCUGUUGCUACUGUCGUCUUGAUGCAUUUAUCUACUGGCAUCACCGCCACUGUCACCGCCGUCUGCACUGUGCAUGGGAGGAUAUUGGACUUCGUCUCCUCGCUUCCUGCUUGGGCCGCAGCAAAGCACACUUUUCGCUCCAUCAUAUGUACUGUUCUUGCACACCUUGCAGGCCCCACACAGCUU